UUUAUUUCAGAAUCUAGAGGAAGUUGACAAAGUAUGACAACAGCACGGCACAGUAUGUGGUGGAGACUUUGCAGCUUGCUGGCUUGCUUCCCCUUACAAGAAGCCCUUCUGACCAACCACACAGAAACAGUCACCGUGGAGGAAGGCCAGACGCUCACUCUCAAGUGUGUCGUUUCUCAGGGGAAGACCACAUCCCUGCAGUGGCUGGCCCCAUCAGGGUUCACCAUUUUUUUCAAUGAGCAUCCUGCUUUAAAAAAUCCCAAAUACCAGCUUCUGAAUCACUCCGCCCAUCAGCUCUCCAUCCGCGUGCUUAAUGUCAGCCAGCAAGAUGAAGGCGUGUACAAGUGUUUACGAUACGGCAGCUCCGUGAGAACAAAGGAAGUAAAAGUGAUCGUGACAGCAACUCCUUCCACACCAAUCCUGGAAGCUUCAGUUACCAGAAUGCAAAAUGGAAAAGAACACGUUACGCUUACAUGCUCCACCGUGAGAAGUAAGCCCCCUCCGCAGAUAACUUGGAUUUUAGGGAAGGACAUAGAGCUCUACGGUGAAACCCACCAUGACUUUGAAACCGAUGGGAAGAAAUGUAACAGCAGCAGCAUCCUCAGAGUCCACACGUACAGCAAAAACUCAACAGUGGACUGCAUUAUCCGACACAAAGGUCUACAAGGAAGAAAACUGGUGGCACCAUUCCGAUUUGAAGAUAUAGUUACUGAUCGAGAGACAGCUUCAGAUGCCCUGGAGAAAAACUCUCCAUCGUCUGCAGACCCUCAGCAGCCCACUAGCACUGUUGCAGUAGUGGAAGAUUCUAAUACAACAGAGAUUGACAAGGAAGAGAAAAACCAAACCGCUCAAGAUCCUGACUUAACCACUGAAACAAAUCUUCAGUAUGUAGGGGUGAUACGGAGGCAAAAUGGCAUUCUGCUGCUCACCCUGGUCUCCUUUCUCAUCUUCAUACUCUUCAUCAUCGUCCAGCUCUUCAUAAUGAAGCUUCGGAAAGCACACGUGAUAUGGAAAAAAGAGAAUGAAAUUUCAGAACACACGCUGGAAAGUUACAAAUCGAGGUCAAAUAAUGAAGAAACAUCGUCCCAAGAGAAAAAGGACCAAACUUUCCCCUCGAAGAGCUACAUGAACUACAUCACACGGUUGUACUCUGAAGCAAAAACAAAGCGGAAGGACGAUUCACGGAGUUCGAAAUUCAAAGGAGAGCCCGCUCAUAUACCAGAGAGCAUCGUGUAACGUUCUUUGCAACCGCAAAUACUGAUUUCGGUGCUGCUGCAGGCCUCACAGUGGAGCAGCCUAGGGGAAGGAGCAUAAUUAUGGUCACAAGAAAAAAUAUACUUUGAGUGCCAUGCGACAUGGUAGCCUCCCGUGGCACACUGCCCUGGAUUCAGGGCUGUGAAAUGAGGACCAGACCAUGGACACAAAGCUUCAUAGUUUAAAAAACAAAAAAAAAAAAAAAAGAGAAGAGAAGAGGAAAAGAAAAGAAAAGAAAAGAAAAGAAAAGAAAAGAAAAGAAAAGAAAAGAAAAAAGAAGAGCAAAAACCUAUCAUGCCUGACACUACUUCAGAGAAGGAGGAGACUCUUAAGUCUUGGAGAUCAGGGUUGAUUGGGCCAGCUAGCAUCUUACCAUGAAGGGAAAAGGAGUUUUUAGAUGCUGGGCUUGAGCAGAACUACUUUAA